CCCGCCGCUGCGCGCGUUGCCGGGCAGCGGCCGCGGGGGGGCGCCGUGCCCGCCAUGCUGAGGGCGAAGGUGCUGCUGGUGGGGCCCCGUGAGUCUGGAAAGUCGGUGUUGGCAAACUUCGUGUCGGAAAGCACGGAAGGGAUCUGCAGCUACAGCCCGACACAGGGGGUCAGGAUCCUGGAGUAUGAGAAACCAAACCUCAAUGGGAACAACAAGGGAGCCGGGUGUCGAUUCGAGCUGUGGGAUUGCAGUGGUGAUCAAAAGUUUGAAACAUGCUGGCCAGCACUGAUGAAGGAUUCUCACGGUGUAAUAAUAAUCUUUAACCCUGAUCUGCCCAGCCACCUGAAAGAAAUCGAGAUGUGGUACUCAUGCUUCGUGCAACAGCAGCCACUGCUUGACAGUCAGUGUCUCCUGGUGGCACAUCACAAACCAGGCAGUGCAGGGGACAUGGAAAACUUGUCCUUGGCUUAUCCACUGAACAAGCUAAAAUUGAUACAUUCCAACUUAGAGGAAGAUCCUGAAGAUGUUCGGAUGGAAUUCAUCAAGUACUUCAAAAGCAUUAUCACCAUAAUAAAUGAGAGCAGAGAGAGGGAAGAAAUGUCAAUUAUCUCAUAAUAUUAAAAAAAAAUACUGAACAAGGAAGAAAAAAAAAGUAUUUUCCCUUUGUAAGCUACACUAGCCUAUGAACAGACCCUCCCAUGGAGAAUUUGCCUGGCUACAAAUACUUCUGUCUGUGAACAAGUGCUGACAUCAAGUGAACUGUGGUUCCAAGGAGAUGGCUGCACAUCCAGGAGUUGGAGUAACUUUUUAGCUGCACUUUGGCAUCAGAGGCACAAGAAGGUGUUAUUAUAUUAGUGGGGUCCAAAAUACAAAGGUAUGGGUCAUGUCUUCAGAAUUACUUUGUGCAGGGGUGCUUGGAGAAGAAAGCCUGACAGAACUUAACACUAGAAUUCUGCUGAAGCAUCUGGGCAAGGUACUCAUGAUAGCUGGAAAAGUCUUGUCUUUGGAAGUCAGUACAAACUGAUUGGAAUAGAGACCUGAGAGAAGAGGUGUAAAAUCCACUUCUUUAUGUUCCAAGUUGUCCUUGUCUUUCCCUUGAAGAGAGCACAUUGCACAGCCAUUGCCUUGGCAGGACACAGCAGGUUGCAGUCUUUCUCCGGACUAAGUUUGUCUUCUAUUCCAACAAAAUAAACAUGUUGUGAGGACAAUGGUUAGGUCUCUCUGGGAGGAAGGAAUUGAAAUCUUGGUUUAGUGCAAUAUUUUGACUUAUGUCAGGAGCUCCAAUAAGUUGUGCAUUCUCCAGAGGAGGAAAAGCUGUUUCGAAACUUUACUGUUCCCCAUUGCAUUGAAAUAAGUGGUUUCAUAGAUAAUUUACUUUCUGAUUUGUUUGGUUUGCACUCAUUCCUGUUCUUCGUGUGUUUUGCUGCAGAAGACAUUUUCUUUGUAACAUGCAUUACUAAGGCAAUAAAAACAUUUUAAAAAUGCAUCCUCUUUGUUCUCAAAGGGGAAGUUAA